GCGGCAACUGUGAAAGGCCUGCAAAUGGAGCUGACAUAUACAUACAAGUCCACCUUAUAGAUUCCACAUUUGUCCUAAUCACUUUGUCCAUCUGCUUCUUACAUCUCAUCUGCCUACUCAAAUCCCUCUCUUCCUCUUGGAUCCUCACUUAAACAAUUCACAAUAAUGCAAUUUGUUUACUCCCCAGCUCAAGAAUCAGUCUCUUUCAGUCUUUUUCCAUUAAUCCAAACCUCAUUUAAUAAUCUUCUUGUUUAUCUUUCAAACCCCAUGUCAUUUUUUGCCUGGAUUUUUCAAUACUUAUUGUUGGGUCUUGUGUUGGGUGGAGGUUGAUCAAGCUGUAUUCACAGCAAAGUUGAAAAAGGGUAUUUUCUUUUGGCCUUUGAAUCUUCUGGCAGAAUUUGGUUCUAAAAGUUAUUCUGAAGUUAGCCUGAAUGGCGAUGUCGUUGGAAGAUCUUCUUGCAAAGGAAGGCUUUAAAAGUAGGAAACUCAAGUCAAUCUCUAGAACUUCUACUUCAUCAGAACCGACAAGCAGACCUCUUUACACAAAUUAUGAUAAUAAUAAAAGUGGUCUUUCACCUGGUGCAACACGUGCAAGGAGAACAGAAAAGACAAAAUCCGAUAUUCCUCGGCUUCAAAGUGAUUUAAUCAAGGAUGUGCGAGCAAUACCCAGAGAUGAUCUUUUUAGAAAGGAGGUUUUAGAUGAAAAUUUAAAGAAGGAAGCCAUGCUGAAACUUAAUAGAAAAAAUUCUUUGCAGUUCAGGGGCAGUAAGAGCUUUGACAUUAGGCGGGCUGCAAUUUUUCCAGAGAGUGAGAUAGUUGAGGCCGAUCUAGAUCAUCACGAGGUUGAUACCGGGUCGCAACAUGAUGAAAGAUAUGCAGAUAUAUAUUCAAAUGAAGUGUUUAGUCCUUCUGGAAGUACAGGUAAGGUUUCAAAUGGAAGUGGAGGAAUCGUGACAGCGAGGAAUAUGUCAGGGAAGAAUUUACAGGACUACAAAAGGCGUGGUAACAAUUCCAACCAAAAUCUGCUUGGGCACGUGAGUUCCAGACUUAAUAACCAUAAAACCAUGAAGCAAACUGAGGCUUCUAGCUACACACCAGACGGAGGAUCACAGAAAAGCAAAAGCUCCAAAGAAAGUAGGCACCGUAGGCAACCAGAGACUGAAGAGGCUCCAGCAGAACCAGCACUUGAUGAAAUUGCUGUCCGAGCCAUGAUUUCUAUCUUAACAGGGUAUAUUAAACGUUUUUUUAUCGACGAGGACUUUAAGGCAUCACUUCGUCACAAUUGUUUUGCUUCCCUUAAUUUUGUUGGGCUGGAAGAAGGCAUUAAUACUGAAAGCAAAGUCAUUGACAAUCUGGAACAAGCGAUAGAAACAGUUGAAAGAGCUGCUGAAGAAUCUGCAACUGCAACUGAGCUGAAAAAGGCGUCUUUGCAUCUCAGUGUCAUUACUGGACUAAAUGCAAAUGAUUUAAAAGAUGGAUUUACUUCAGGCAUUCCCAAUUCUAAGUUGUCAGCAUGUGCCCAUCUUUAUUUAUCUGUGAUUUAUAAGCUUCAGAAGAAAGACAGGAUUGCAGCAAAGCAUCUUCUACAAGUGUUCUGCGAUUCGCCAUUUCCAGCUCGAAUAACUUUAUUGCCUGAGUUAUGGAAUGAUAUAUUUUUUCCUCAUCUUUCGCAUAUAAAGGCAUGGUACAAUCAUGAGGCUGUUUCUCUAGCUGAUGCACCAAGCAAGGAAAUAAAAUUAAAAAUUCUUGAAAAAGUUUAUAAUGAAAUAAUGGACUCUGGUACUUACCAGUUUGCUGCUUAUUACAAGGACUGGCUGACAGAGGGUGUUGAAGCUCCUACUAUUCCCUCUAUCCGUAUUCCUUCCGCAUCAAUUCAGGGAGUUAAUGGGGGAGUUUCAAACAGCAACUACUCGGAUCCGGGUAAUACUCUUAUUCCUUUCUCAUCUCAGCCAAUGCUCAGUCUAAAACUAUAUCAUUCAGAUCUAGGUAGUUUCAAGAAGUCAGGGGCAGAUCAAGUGGUAGACUUUGAAGAAGCAGAAAACUUUGAUAUAAGCAGAAGAAGCUCGACUGCUUCUGUAGUAGAAGAUAAGGAAACAUUAGCAUAUUCGUCUAAUGCUGCUGAUCAUAAGGAAUUAGUAAUCCAACAAAAAAUUGCACACCAUGAAGAUGGACUAACAUCAUGUACCCGAUCUGGUUCUGGUGAGAUAAAUUAUAUUGACAAGUUCGAUGACGCCUAUCAGCUCCAAGUAACAAAUAGUAUCGAUAUGCUUCAAGAACUUCCAUAUACAAAAGUGAACGAGCUUACAAUAAAGAAACUUGCGAAAGCUGUCUUCAGUUUGCCACUGACAGAGGAAUGUCGAAAUGAAAUCAAUUCUUCUCUUUUGACUAACAAAGAUGCACAUUGUUAUAAGCCCUUGGUGCAGGCAAAUCAUCCAAUGUUGUUCCAUCAAGGUUGGAGUGAAAACUCGGACUCUUUUGUUCAUCGGCCUUCUUUCUUAAGCAUCCCUGAGGACUUCAUCUGCCCUCUAAGCGGACUAUGUUUUGAGGAACCCGUCACUUUAGAGACUGGCCAAACUUUUGAGACUGAAGCUCUUAGACAAUGGUUUAAUAAAGGACACAAGACAUGUCCAAUUUCCGGAGUUACUCUAGAGUAUCAAGCUGUGCCCCUCACAAACUUCAUUUUGAAACGUGUUGUUGAUACAUGGAAAUUUGAGCACUGCAGAACUGUAUUGGGUUUUGCUUCCCAGCUAGCAGUGAAUAUAGAAGAUAAGUUCAAGGAUGAAGCAGCUGUUUCCAUUUUUGAGCAUCUUCUUUCUUUUUCUAGUAGAGAUGAAAGAAUUAAAAAUGCCAGGCUCCUUAUCUCUCUUGGAGGACUUGAGUUUCUUAUACGAAGGUUUGGAUCUGGAAACUUGGAAGAAAAAACAAUCAUUGCGGCAUUGUUGUCUCACUGUAUUGAAGCAGACUCUGGUUGCAGAAAUCAUAUAGCUAGAAAUAUAGAAAAAACGUGUUUCGUUGAGCUUCUUCACUGUAAGCAGGCCAAGUCAAUAGCAAAUGCUGUCUCACUACUAAUAGAGCUACUUUUCUUGAACAGGAGGAUGGAUGUUUGCUCUUUCCUAAGCGGCUUAGAAAAUAAGGAAUUGGUGAACACAAUGCAUGUAAUACUUAUUUAUCUCCAAAGUUGCCCCUCUGAUCGAAGGCCUUUGGUUGCAGUUCUCCUUUUACACUUGGACCUUCUGAUAGCUCCAAAAAAGUACAGUAUAUAUCGGGAAGAAGCUGUAGAUGCCAUAGUUGUGGCUCUAGAAAGCAGCUUAACCGACGAUAAGAUUAGAGAAAAUUGCUGCCAUGCGCUCCUUGUCCUGGGAGGGCGUUUCUCUUUGAGUGGGAAGGUAAUGAUAGAGGAUUGGAUCCUAAAGAUAGCUGGUUUUAUUGAUUGUCAUGAACCAGAAUUACUUGAUUCUAAUGAAGACCUACGAGCAGCUAACUGCACCCUGCCGGAUACUGAUGAAGAUCAGGCCAAUGAAGAGUGGUUGAGGAUCUUAUCAGCUUCACUUCUUGAUGAGAAGAAAUCAUUUUUGGAGAAGAUAUCUAUGUGUUUGGGUUCUGGACAGUUAGAUCUGGUGAGGACAUGUCUGACCACAGUAGCAUGGAUGAGUUCCUCAAUUGCUUCAUUGCCGGACUUCAGGAGAUCUGCCUUCUCGCCUCUCAUAUCUCAUCUUAAAGGGGUCUUGGAAAACAGUGAGAGGGUUGAACAUAAAGUACUCGUAUCAAUGUCUUUGCUAAAUUUUAGCACAAUACCAGAAUGCAGGAUCCAGUUAGCUGCUAUUGCACAGGAGUUAGAAUCCCCCCUUCGGAGCCUUGCAGAGGUAACAUGGACAGCAGAGAAACUUUACAUCACACUUUUCGGUGAAAGUCUUUAGUACGACUAGACAAAAUAGACUGCUUCACAUAGUUUUGGUUGGCUGCAUAAACUUCUGGUUUGCGCUUCUACAAAUUAGAAAACCUUUUCUAUAUGUCUUGUACUGUAGAUCUACCUGAUCAUUGUGAUACCCAGACCAUCUUAAAUUCGCCUUGCUACUGUUCCUAGGUUAUUGAGAAGAAUUUAAGGAAUUCAAAUUUUGGAUUGCAAGCCUGACCGAGAGACUAUGAAAUUGUGCAUACCUGUUAUUAUUUCUAAUGUUCACCUUAAAUUUGGUUCAAUGCAUAUAUUUUCUUUAAA